AUGAAACUAAAUGGUACUACUAAUGACUUAAAAUCAGAUUAUGUUCUAGACUUGUAUGGAACGUUGAGGCACUAUCCUUGGUUUCACGGAACGCUAAGUCGUUCUGAUGCCGCUGGAUUAGUUCUCCAGGAAGGAGCAGUGGGACAUGGGGUUUUCCUUGUCCGCCAAAGUGAAACGCGUAAAGGCGAAUUCGUACUCACUUUCAAUUUCCAAGGCCGUGCCAAACAUCUACGACUUACAAUUAGCAGUGAGGGACAGUGUCGAGUCCAACAUCUUUGGUUUCAGUCCGUUUUUGACAUGUUGGAGCAUUUCCGUUCGCAUCCGAUCCCUCUUGAAUCGGGAGGCUCCUCUGAUGUUACGCUUACUCAGUAUGUAGUGGCCGAAUCCGCCUUUCAGGCAAUGACUGUAUCGUCGUCUACCCGCAAUGGGCUGAGCAACUUAGAUAGGAGAGUUGCAACGCCGCCUCUAAUUCGAGAGGUAAUUAUGAGAGGAGAAUCGGUCCGUCGACGCAUUGAGUCAAUGGAGCAGCUACCCUCUUUAAAUCAUCAAAAUAACGGAGGAAAUUCGGGAUCCAGCCGUGCAAUCGAGAACGCCUAUAGUUUCACAUAG